AUGGGCGAUACGUUGGCAAAGGAGCAGCGACCCGUGCACCCGCGCAACCCCCGCAGCCCGCUGCGGCCCCGCGACCCCUGCCUCUCAUCCCCCUCCCAACCCAAGAAGGGCGGCCCCUCCGCAGCCGUGGGCGCGGGGGCAUCGGCUGCUGCGGCUGCGGCAGCUUCCUACCAGCUCUCUUCCAUCCGGUCCGGCCACGCGUCGGACCAGGGGCGCCGCCCCCACAUGGAGGAUGCAGCAGUGGCGAUCGAUGAUAUCGCUGCCUCCGCCGCCGCGCGCCCCGCCGCGCCGUGCUGGGGCGGUGCCGCGGGCGGCUGCCGGCCCGCGGCGCGGUGCGGCGCAUGCGGCGGCGGCGCCGGCGGCGCGGCGCCGGAUUGGCUGGGCGGCGAGGGGCUGCCUGCCGUCGCUGCCUUUUACGCG